AUGUCUCUUAUAUUGAGUCAAAUCAAUAAGGAUAAUGUGAAAGUGGGCAAGGGUUGUUGUAUAGCUUUGGGAGUGUAAAUACUCUCAGAAGUAGGGGAAAUCGUCAUUGGAGAUUACACGAUUAUAGAGGAAGGAUGCAUCAUUAGAAAUAAUCAUUUCAAGAAGAUGGUCAUAGGUUCUUAUAAUGUUUUUGAAAUUGGAUGCAAGGUUGAAAAUUCUAAUAUUGGUGAUUGUAAUGUAUUUGAAAUGAGAUGUAUGAUUGAAAGUGGCUGUACAAUCGAAAACAAUUGUAGAUUCGGUAUUAAUUCAAGAGUUCCACCCAAACAGAAUUUUCCUAACUUCUCUAGGGUGUAUUACCCUUUUAAUGUCUUAAAAGUGCCACCCUACGAUUCAUCAUAGCAUAAAGAAGAAAUCACAGAAUUGUGUGCUGCAUUAUUUUAGAUUGGAUCAAAAAAAUGA